UGUUUCAAAAUGAUAAGCUAGAAGAGUACGAAAAUCAGCUCCAUACGUUAAACGAAACUCUCGAUGAAAAGAAUGCUAGCUUGUUACAAUGGGAAAGACAUCUCAAUGAGAUUAACAAAACUCUCGCUGAGAGGAAUAAUGAAUUGGUGAAAGAAAAGAAUAAUUUGAAAGUAUGCAAUACAAAUGUUGACAAGUUAAAGGAGUUAAAUGAGAAUAGCGUUUGUGGUGGUGGUAUUCCUGUUCCCCGUCCAAUAAAUGUAGAUGGUUAUGGUUCAUUUGACGUGUUGUUCGAUAAUAAGACAUAUGGACCUGGCUGGAUUGUAAUUCUGCAGAGAAUAGAUGGUGGAGAAGAGUUUUUCCGCAGUUGGGCGACGUAUUCUGCAGGCUUUGGUUCCUUCUCGGGCAACUUCUUUCUAGGCUUAGAAAAGAUUCAUCAACUAACGAACUCGACACGUUAUGAGCUUCUCAUUCAAAUGGAGGAUUAUGAUGGAAGAGUCAGCAACGUUCGCUUCGACAAUUUUAAAGUUGAUGGCAAAGAUAAUGACUAUUUAGUGAGCAGUUUGGGCAAUUAUUCUGGGCAAAGCAAUAAUCAAUGCAAGUACUCAAAGAUUGACGAUGAUACUGAUAUGUGGGAAUAUGUAAACUGCAAAGAAAAUUAUCGCGAAGGCGCAUGGUACGCAGAUUGUUUGGAAAGAAAAACAAAUGAGUACUUCCCGGUGAAAGAGACUGAAUGGGGAUUACCAAAUACUUGUUUGUAUAGCUCACCGACUCUCGCCUCAUCCAAAAUGCUUAUACGCAGAUACAAAUAUGAUGAAAUUAUUGUUAGAUAA